ACUGUCCGACACAUCAUUGAGCGUAUCCAUUUUAAAUGAUCUUAGAAUUCAUUUUUCUCUUGAAUCCGUAUUAGCCUAUAAUUUGAGAAAAAGAAUGAUAACCAAGCAAGAGAAAUUGAAAAAAAACGAUUUGAUUUAAAUUUUUGUAUAUUCAAAGUUCAAAAAGAAUCUCUUCUAUGUACGACUGAAAUGUUUGCAUUACUUGGUCUCAUUUGGUUCUGUCAAAUGCUUUUAAAUCCAUCGCUAUGAAACUAAGAAAUGUCAAACAAAAUUGCAAACAUUUGAUUCGAAGGGAAUAGCAAAUGACAAAUUUUGGAUCUAAUUGAGAACUUUGGGGAAAAAAAUUGGUGAACAAAAUAAACUUAUUCGACGCACAUAAUUGAGUUAUAAAAUGACAGCGAAUCUUGCACUUGAGUUGCAGAAACAAUUAUCGGUGGCUCGUAAUGAAAUCAAGAAUUUGCGAAAACAAAUUCACUCGUUGUCAUACAUUCACCAAACGGAUUUGAAAAUCAUAAAAAAUUUGUUGACCGACUUUAAAUGUAAUGGGUGUAAGGAACAACAAAGAGAUAGCUCAUCAGCAACUCGGUCGAUUGAAUCGGAACCAAGCGAUAAAGACCAAAACUCAAUUACUUUUAAACCAAUUGGUGUAAUUCGAACGGAUUUCCCGGAGAAACGGGCAGUUCCAAGACAACCCAGUGUUUGCUCCAAGCUAUCGGGAUACAUCGAACUCAACAAAGACGUUUUCAAUAAUCCAGAACACUCACUCGAACGACUGUGUGAAUUUUCACAUUUGUGGAUUAUUUACCAUUUUCACAAGAAUGAUUCACAUACCAAGGCAAAAGUAGCUCCACCUCGACUGGCUGGAGAAAGAGUUGGCAUUUUUAGUACUCGCUCACCGCAUCGACCAUGCCCCAUAGGAAUGUCACUGGUUGAAAUAGACAAGAUUGUAAAUAGCCAAAUCCACUUUCUAGGUACUGAUAUGUGCGAUGGAACUCCUGUUUUGGAUCUGAAACCUUAUAUCCCACGAUACGAUAGCCCCAUUCGAAAUCGAUUAACAGAAAAUCAUUCAGUGUCAACGGAAGAUGAGAAUCAAGGAUUUGAUGCACGCGAAGAGCCUGACGGUGAGGAGACAAUAUCACGCGAUGUACAGCCGCAGCUUUUGCAAUUAAGCCCAUCACCGAGCACCGUUCCAGCAGCUACCUCCGAAACGGUCAAAGUACCAAAUUGGAUUUUAGCUGAUACUACAAUGGAGGUAGUGUUCAAUGACAGAGCCACUCAACAAAUCAACGAGCUAAACAUAUCCAACGAGUUUCAAAUUAAUCGAGAGAAUGUAGUAGAGGUAUUGAAAAAUGAUCCGCGGUCGGUCUAUCUUAAAACUCGAUAUGGGUCCCAGAUCUUUACAUUUCAGUUACUAGGUGAAGUAACAGUAACCUGUAAAUUCAACGAUGAUUCAGGUGUGGUGACCGUACUUCAGAUUCGUAAAUCAGAGAAUUUAUCGAGCGAAACAUCACAAAAUGAUGCAAACGCCAACUAAGCAAAAUUGAUUCGUACGAACGGACUCACUCUACACCAACAAUUUUUGAUGUGUACAAUUAGUUGCUAUAUUUGUGUGAUACAAUUUCUAUAAAAUGCUUUUGUGUUAAAACAUGUAAGCCAAAACAAUAACCAAAACUAGUUUUGUUUUUUUUUCCUUUUUUCAAUGCAUAAUGUCUGGUCCUAUUGAAAAUUUUGCAACAAAGUCAAUUAAUGCGGUAAUAAAUGUAUUUUUUUAAAAAUAAAUCAUUCCGAACUUGGAAUUGGGAGACAAA